UCGCCCCCUCUCUCCUCCGCCGCCGGUGAGCUCGCUCCUGUGCCCGCGCGCCGCCGCCGCCGCUUCUGCGAGGGUUCUGUUCUCUCGGGGGUGGAGGAGGAGGGAGGAGGUCUCCACUCCCCACCUCUUUUACGGGCCCCUAACGGGCCACGGGCUCUCGGCCCACUUCCCACGGGCCCCUCAGCCCACGGCCCGCAUAACAACGGAGCCCUCCCCUCUAUAAAAUCUCCCACCCGUCUAGGGCACACCUCCCAUCAGCAGAAGCCGCCGCCGCCCGAGCACUCCGUCUCCUCGCCGAAGCGCCGCCGCUCCACCGCCGCAGCCGCCAUGGGUAAGGUGCACGGAUCGCUGGCCCGAGCCGGGAAGGUGCGGGGCCAGACGCCCAAGGUGGCGAAGCAGGACAAGAAGAAGCAGCCGCGCGGCCGCGCCCACAAGCGCAUCCAGUACAACCGCCGCUUCGUCACCGCCGUCGUCGGCUUCGGCAAGAAGCGCGGCCCCAACUCGUCCGAGAAGUAGAUCUAGGUGGUCUCGCGCCAGCCCUCCUUUUUUUUGUUUCCCGUCAGUAGCUGUGAUCCGUUCCGGUAUGCAUGCUAAGAAGUAAGAAGACCUAAUCAAGUAUCUGUAAUUUUCUGUGAUGUUGGUAAUGGAAAUCUCACUGCAUUGUCCAGUUAA